AUGGCUUUGGCGAUACCAGAUGCUUUCAGGAACACAGUACACAAGCUGUGCCACUGGCACAUUAUGAAGAAAUACAGGGAACACCUCGCAUACCUGUACAACCUCCACGAAGACUUUAAGGAUGAAUUCACAUCAAUCCUCAACUGGCCCCUCAUGCCAACUGAGUUUGAGGCUGCCUGGAAAGGACUCUUGGAUAAGUACAACCUCCAUGAUGAUGCCAUGAUGGUGGCCAUGUGGAACGAGCAUGAGAGAUGGAUAUCAGCUUACUUCAAAGUAAUUUUUUGCGCCAAAAUGACGUCCACACAACGAAGUGAGAGCAUGAACGAUGUGCUCAAGAAGAACUUCGUCAGUGAGAGACAAAACCUCCACCGGUUUGUCAGCCAGACAAUUAAGGUUGCCAGCGUUCCAGAGAAAUACAUCCUCAGGAGAUACACCAAACGCCCGAACAUCCAGAAAAAGCUUGAGAAGCCAAGAGAAAAUGGCGAGGUCAGGGUCGUCAUGGACAAACUUGAACAAGAACUCGACGCCAUGCAUUCUGCUGAAAACGGAGGUGUCGCGGACAAUGAAGCCAUUGAGCAGGAUAUUGCUACAAUCUUAUCCGAGAUGAACCAUCUGGGAGCUAUUGACCCAUUCGAAAACGAGGAAGAGGAGCAACAGCUCCAGAGCUUGCCCAUGUGCACAGUCAAGAGCAGCAACAUGAUCACGUGCAAGAUCAUGAGCUUGAUGGUGCUGUAG